AUGUGCAACGGCGAACCAAAUGCGAAGAAAAUCAAAAUCACUGAAGAAUUUGUGUCCACAAAUCAAUUGUUUUCAAAUGCGAUGAGUGGAAAUUCGAAAAAUUCAACAACAUCGAUGAAAGUGGAUUAUUCCAAGUAUAAGGUAUGUUUUAUUCAUUCUGGGCGCACCUUUUAACAACAUUUUUCAUUUUAUUAACGUUCCAUCAUUAAAUUUUUGAAAUAUUGGAAUUUUUAUCAAAAAUAUUUGAAACGUAUUUUUUCGAAUAAUUUUGUUCCAGAAUCGAAAAAUGUUUGCCUUUUUGACUAGCAAAUCAACUAAUAGUUACAUAAUUUUUCUUGCAGAUCUCGAAAAAAGUUGUCGAGCAACCUGCAAAAGAAGAGACAAAUCGAAAACGAACAAUUUCUCCAUCUUCUUCUUCGACCUGCUCAGCUUAUUCGUCUUCUUCCUCAAUUUCUUCAACAAAAUCAAAAGUUGUCAAAACUUCAGAUGAUUCGGAAGAAAUGUUCAAACCACGAAAAGAUCGACAAAAAGUAUAUGCUGGUCGAAAAAAGAGUGAAGAAUAUCAAAUUCGAUUCAAUAUUUGUGAUGGUAUUAUUUCUUCAAAUCUAAGAUAUCAUGGUGCAAUUCCAUAUCAAAUUAUCAAACCAACUUUGCUCAAAUGUAAUUUGGAAGAUUUGAAAUUGGCAUUGGAUAAAAAUCAAUAUUUGGCUGAAGAUGCUGAUGAAAUAUUUGAAGAAAUGGUCAAAACAGAAUUUCCGGAAUAUAAAAAUCGAGAGAAAAAAGAAAAUUCGACAUGGAAACAAUUAUUUGAGAAGUAGGUUGAGAUUCAACAAAAAUGAUCUUGAAAAAAAUUAAUAUUUCAAUUUUUCAGACUUUUAAAACGACGCGAGGAAAAAGAAAAUUCAAAAUUGGAAAUUAUUACAGAAAGAAUCGCAAAAGCCCAACAAAAAAAUAAUACCCAACGGAAAACUGUAAGUUUUUUGUAUUUUUGAAUUUUUUUCAACAAAAAUUUACCAUUUUCCAGAUGUUGAUUGAUGUUUUCAAUCCAAAUGUUCCAAAUCGUCCAGCCACAUCAAAAAUCACUGCUCACCAACCAAAAGAAUCAUUGAAGUCUCAAAAAAUUAUCAAAAAUCAACCAGUUCCUUUUCAAUCUUCAAAACCUCAAUCCGAAACUCGCCCAAAACCAUCUCAAGUUCGUCCAUCUCCACCUUCUACAACUGCUUUUUCUCAAAUUUCGAAACCAAAAAAUGGAAAGAAAAAAGUUGCUCCACUUAUGGCUAAAUGUUUGAGAAUGCUUCGAAAAUAA